GCGCGCCGAGCAGGGCCGGGCCGAGGCGAGCGCCGCGCGGCCACCAUGGCCACGGACGAGCUGGCCACCAAGCUGAGCCGGCGGCUGCAGAUGGAGGACGAGGGCGGUGAGGCCGCGGAGCCGCCGGGGCUGAAUGGCGCGGCGGCGGCGGCAGGGGCGCCCGACGAGGUGGCCGAGGCGCUGGGCAGCGCGGACGACGAGCUGAGCGCCAAGCUGCUGCGGCGCGCGGACCUCAACCAGGGCAUCGGCGAGCCGCAGUCGCCCAGCCGCCGCGUCUUCAACCCCUACACCGAGUUCAAGGAGUUCUCCAGGAAGCAGAUCAAGGACAUGGAGAAGAUGUUCAAGCAGUAUGAUGCUGGGCGGGACGGCUUCAUCGACCUCAUGGAGCUGAAGCUGAUGAUGGAGAAGCUGGGGGCCCCCCAGACCCACCUGGGCCUGAAGAACAUGAUCAAGGAGGUGGACGAGGACUUCGACAGCAAGCUUAGCUUCCGGGAGUUCCUCCUGAUCUUCCGCAAGGCGGCAGCAGGGGAGCUGCAGGAGGACAGCGGGCUGCACGUGCUGGCCCGCCUCUCCGAGAUCGACGUCUCCACGGAGGGCGUCAAGGGCGCCAAGAGCUUCUUCGAGGCCAAGGUCCAGGCCAUCAACGUGUCCAGCCGCUUUGAGGAGGAGAUCAAGGCGGAGCAGGAGGAGAAGAAGAAGCAGGCGGAGGAGCUGAAGCAGCGCAAAGCCGCCUUCAAGGAGCUGCAGUCCGCCUUCAAGUAGCUGGCGCGGCCGCCGCCAGGGGGCGCGCCAGGCGGGCCGCGGAGCCCACGAUGGAAAACCCACCCACGGCUGUGAGCGGAGCAAGCCAAGGGGCUUCGCCGAGCUGGCCCGCCCGCUGGCUCCCUGCCCCCGGCCGCCGGCCGCGAGGCGGCGACACCAGCACUGGCCCCCUGCCUGGCCCAGCCUCCCUGGCCGCCCCUGCGCCUCGCACCCCUGGCUGUCCUGCUGCCUGCGGUAGCCCCCCCAGGCCCAGCUCCUGGCUCUGGCUCGAGGGCCCUCCCUGCCGCUCCACACACAUCCCCUCCCCGCCCAGGGGACCCCGCCCUUAACCAGCAGAGUGCCCCUGGGCCCCCUACUUCCUCGGCGAUCGUGGCAGUCAUGGGACCCGGGGUGCAGGGAGGCAGGGGGCCGCCCCCACACCUCCAGUCCCCCCCCAGCUCUGCCUGUACUCUGCUGGCAUGGAGAAGCGUCUGGGUGGGCAAGGGACUCAGGACCUGGUACCCACAGACAAGGAGACAGGGCCUGGCCAGGCAGAGUGAGGGGCCGCUGUGCCAAUCUACCUCACGGGCCCACACUCUGCCCGGUGCGCCGUGGGAGCCUAGCCAGGAAGACGGGGGGCAGAACCCACCGCUCCCUACCACCCCUCAGGACAACCUGGGGGCUCCAGGGGGCUGGAGAGAACAGGGUGGGGCAGAGAAGAGCAAGCCAGUGCUUCAUCACAGGCCUCCCGGAAGCUUCUAGAAGCUUCUAGAAGCGCUGCUUGUGUUUGCAUGCCCCAGGAUGGAGCAGGCCUUGCUCUGCCCUUUCACACCUUCCUUCCCCAAGUAAUGCUCACCACCUCCUCCCUCGGCGACAGGACGGCACCUGCCUGUCGUGCCCAGCCCCCCGUGCCCAUCACCAGCGGGUCAGUGGCCAUGGUCCCCCCCAUGUGCUUGCUAACGUGUGUGUGAGUGUGUGCGCGUCCGUUGCUGUGUCGUGAACUUGAGCGUCGCCCAGUCCGUACACGUGAACGGCCCCCGGGCCACCCUUAUGCAACUUCCUGUGUGUGUCAUGUAUCACUGCUUUUUAAACUCAGUAAUUGUUUAUUUUAGUAACACCCCCCCCCGAGAGUCCACACAGCGCCCGUGCACUUCAGAGGUCUGAUUUUUUUGGCCUUAGAACCUGCAGAAACGAGGAGGCCCCGAGCCCGGCGCCGCGGCCUCGGCCCAGACUGCAUUUGCCUUAGUGGAUGUGUCUAUACAGAUGAAUAUAAAUCGUUCUUUUCCUUUGGGCUUUUGGCUUUUUAUUUUUUUCCACCCUUCUCACAAAAAAAAAAAAAUGCUACAUCUUCAUUCGGUGGUACGAUUAUUUUUUUUAACUAAAAUAAGAUAAAAUUCUA